AAAAAAGCCCCGCGCGAGGGAACCCCCCGCGGGGGCGGAUGGUGCUGCCGUGACCGGGGCGGGCCGGGGCAGCGCGGGGCCGGGGCGCGCGGCGGGGCCGGCCGGGCCGGGCCGGGCCGGAGGCGGCCGGGAGGAUGAAGCGGCGGAGCGCGGACUGCAGCAAGCUGCGGCGGCCGCUCAAGCGGAACCGCAUCACCGAGGGCAUCUACGGCAGUACUUUUCUGUAUCUGAAGUUCCUGGUAGUGUGGGCUCUAGUACUGUUGGCAGAUUUUGUCCUGGAGUUCAGAUUUGAGUAUCUGUGGCCAUUCUGGCUCUUCAUCAGGAGUGUUUACGAUUCCUUCAGAUACCAGGGUUUGGCCUUUUCAGUAUUUUUUGUUUGUGUAGCAUUCACAUCAAAUAUAAUAUGUCUGCUCUUCAUACCAAUACAAUGGCUGUUUUUUGCUGCCAGCACGUAUGUUUGGGUACAGUAUGUCUGGCACACAGAGAGGGGUGUGUGCUUACCAACAGUAUCACUGUGGAUACUUUUCGUUUAUAUUGAAGCAGCCAUUAGAUUUAAAGAUUUAAAAAACUUCCAUGUAGACCUUUGUCGUCCAUUUGCAGCACACUGUAUUGGCUACCCUGUUGUGACUUUGGGCUUUGGCUUUAAAAGUUACGUCAGCUACAAAAUGCGUUUAAGAAAACAAAAAGAAGUGCAGAAAGAGAAUGAGUUCUACAUGCAGCUUCUCCAGCAAGCUCUGCCCCCAGAACAGCAGAUGCUACAAAGGCAAGAGAGGGAGGCAGAGGAAGCAGCCAAAGGAUUAUCUGAUAUGGAUUCCUCAAUACUUUUGCAGCACAAUGGAGGCAUUCCAGCCAAUAAAAAAUUAUCUGCAACGUUGCCAGAGCUAGAAUAUAGAGAAAAAGGGAAAGAAAAGGACAAGGAUGCUAAGAAACACAACCUUGGAAUAAAUAACAAUAUUUUGCAACCUGUAGACUCUAAAAUACAAGAAAUUGAAUAUAUGGAAAACCAUAUCAAUAGUAAAAGAUUAAAUAAUGAUCUUGUAGGAAGUACAGAAAACCUCUUAAAAGAGGACUCAUGCACUGCCUCGUCCAAAAAUUACAAAAAUGUCAGCGGAGUUGUGAACUCCUCGCCUCGCAGUCACAGUGCAACUAAUGGGAGCAUCCCUUCCUCAUCUACUAAAAAUGAGAAAAAACAGAAAUGUGCUAGCAAGAGCCCAAGCACACAUAAGGACUUAAUGGAAAAUUGUAUUCCUAAUAACCAGCUAAGCAAACCAGAUGCACUGGUAAGGUUGGAACAAGAUAUUAAAAAGUUAAAGGCUGACCUGCAAGCAAGCAGGCAGAUUGAACAGGAGCUACGUAGUCAGAUCAGUUCUCUGACUAACACAGAACGGGGAAUUCGAUCUGAAAUCGGACAGCUCCGGCAAGAAAAUGAACUGCUUCAGAACAAAUUACACAAUGCUGUACAAAUGAAACAAAAAGACAAACAAAUGAUCAGCCAGUUGGAGAAGAAACUAAAGGCAGAGCAGGAGGCACGAGCCUUUGUAGAAAAACAAUUAAUGGAAGAAAAGAAAAGAAAGAAGUUGGAAGAAGCAACUGCUGCACGUGCUGUCGCCUUUGCUGCUGCUACAAGAGGAGAAUGUACUGAAACUUUACGAAAUCGUAUCCGAGAGCUGGAGACAGAGUGCAAGAAGCUAACAAUUGACAUAAAGCUGAAAGAAGAUCAGAUACGAGAACUGGAAAUGAAAGUUCAGGAACUGCGGAAGUACAAGGAAAAUGAGAAGGAUACGGAGGUGUUAAUGUCAGCACUUUCAGCCAUGCAGGAUAAAACACAGCACUUAGAGAACAGCCUGAGUGCAGAGACAAGAAUCAAGCUGGAUCUGUUCUCUGCAUUAGGAGAUGCAAAACGGCAGCUUGAGAUUGCCCAAGGGCAAAUCAUUCAAAAAGAUCAGGAAAUCAAGGACCUAAAACAGAAGAUUGCAGAAGUUAUGGCAGUAAUGCCCAGCAUAACAUACACUGCAGCCACCAGCACUCUGAGUCCUGUUUCCCCACAUUACUCUUCCAAAUUUGUGGAGACCAGCCCUUCUGGACUUGAUCCCAAUGCCUCUGUUUAUCAGCCCUUGAAGAAAUGAAUGCCAAUUUUCUUUUUGCCCAGUAAUUUUGUCAUGCUGAAGGCAUCACACAGGAGUGUCUCUUGCAGUCAAGAUGAAAUUGUAUUGUGUGAGACUGUAUUUGUUGUCAUUUAAAACAGGAUAAAAGAACAUCUGGAUUGACCUGAACUGCCCAUCAGUUUUUCUUGUAAAUUUUUAGAAAACCUCACAGAACUUUGCAAUUUAUUUUCCUUGGCCAAUGCAUUAAAAACAAUUCUUGGUUUUCAAGUAGCCAAUUUUGCCUUUUUAUGUACUCUUGCAUGGUUUCCUCUUGAAAAAUACAGGGCUUUGCUUGAUUUUGAACCCUUUCUUCUUUUUUUUUUUUAAUAAUCAAGUUGAAUUUGCAGAUUCAUUCAGAAAUUGUGAGGAAAAACCUUUAGUUUUUACAGUGAAAGGGUUAAAUAAUCUAACAAAGCUUUGAUUUAUAGAUGUAUUAAAUACAAAUAUGUGAUGUUGCAGAAGAUAAUUUGAUUACCCCUCAAAGGACCAAACAAAUUUCAGGGGCGUUGUUUAAGGGAAAGAAUAAGAGAAUAGAUGAUGAUGUGACGGUGGUUGUUGUGUGAAAUAUUUAUAUUCCCAUUGGUGUUUUUAGUCAUUGAGAAUUGCUAACAGUCUUGUUCACAGUGCCUUGGGAAAAGACAUUUCAAGAGGAAACUUGAUAGUUUAAACUAUUUUUUCCCCCCUUCACUGUCAUCUAGCUUAUAUAUCAAGCUCAUUACAGAGUCUACUGCAAAUUGUACAUGGUAAUUUGGAUGUUCAUUAUAAACCAAGGUUACAUCUUCUGUUUAUUUUGAUAUAAACUCAGCAGUGUUCUGUAACUUGCCUUGAUUAUACUGCAUCGUGGAAGGCACAAUAUUAAUACAGGAAGCGUUAUUGUGAAGGCGGAACUGUGCAAUGUACUGUAUACAAGAGACUGUAAAGCUGGCUAAUAAAAGCUGCAGUUCUGGGUUUUUUUAUUUUA